AUGUCAUUCCCGGCAGGAAAAGCACCUGAGCGCAAGAAUCUUUUUAAAAAAGGAAUUGACGCUGAUGAGUCGCGCCGCAGCCGCAUGGAGACUACCGUGCAGAUUCGCAAGACGAUAAAGGAGGACCGCAUGAACCAACGCCGCCGCAUGACACCAGGUGACGCUCUAAUUCCCGAUUCGCAAGAAAGCGCCAGUGAGAUGUCGCUGAUGCAAAAACUGUCGGAGCUUCCGCAGAUGGUAUCAGGCGUACACUCCGUUGAUGCGUCAGUGCAGUUAGAAUCUGUGACUAAGUUUCGCAAACUUCUUUCUAUUGAGCACAAUCCGCCUAUCAAAGAGGUGAUUGCUACCGGUGUUGUUCCCACUUUUGUGCAGUUUCUUCAGCGGGAGGACUUCCCGACACUGCAGUUCGAAGCUGCUUGGGCGCUGACAAAUAUUGCGUCAGGUACCUCUGCUGAUACUGAAGUGGUGAUUAAGCAUGGUGCAGUACCUAUUUUCUGUCAGCUACUGUUAUCGACGGACGUCGAUGUGCGUGAACAAGCAGUGUGGGCGCUUGGUAAUAUUGCGGGUGAUUCAAUUCAGUGUCGUGAUAUGGUUCUACGCUGUGGAGCCCUGCGUCCGCUCAUGCAGCAGUUGACGGAGAAUUCCAGGACGGCAAUGCUUCGUAACGCUACUUGGACACUCUCUAAUUUUUGCCGUGGCAAACCGCAGCCGCUGUUUGACCUUGUCGCGCCUGCGCUUCCAACUUUGGGUCAGCUCAUAUACACUCACGACGAAGAAGUGCUAACGGAUGCGUGCUGGGCUUUAUCAUACCUGUCUGAUGGCUCAAACGAGAAAAUUCAAGCAGUGAUUGAGGCCGGUGUGUGCAGGCGAAUCGUUGAGUUGCUGAUGCACCACUCUGCUUCCGUGCAGACGCCCGCACUGCGUACCAUUGGUAAUAUUGUUACAGGCAACGAUCUGCAGACGCAGGUCAUCAUAAAUUUGAAUGCUCUUCCGUGCCUGCGUGCUCUUUUGGAGAGCCCCAAGAAGGGUAUCCGAAAGGAGGCUUGCUGGACAAUUUCCAACAUCACGGCCGGUAACCAAGAGCAAAUUCAAUUUAUCAUUGACGCCGAUAUUUUCCCGUCGCUGAUUACAUUCUUGUCGACUGCGGAGUUUGAUAUACGCAAAGAAGCUGCUUGGGCUGUGUCAAAUGCCACAUCUGGCGGCUCGGCAGAGCAAAUCAUGCAUCUUGUCAGCCUUGGGUGUAUUAAACCUCUUUGUGAUCUUCUUGAGGCUAAGGACGCAAAGGUUGUAGUUGUGGCGUUAGAGGGUCUUGAGAAUAUAUUGCGUGUUGGCGAUCUGAAGAAAACAAAUGAUAUCAACGAAGUUGCCACCUUGAUCGAUGAGGCGGAUGGUGUUGCUAAGAUUCAAGCGCUGCAGUACCACGCCAAUGAAGACAUUUACUUAAAGUCUAUGAGCAUCGUGGAGGCAUACUUCAACGGCGAAGAGGACGCGGAAGACAGCUUAGCGCCCGACACGGAUGUUAAUGCACAACAGUUUCAGUUUGGCACAACGUCGGACCAGCCCACUAUGUUUCAGUUUGGUCAAAAUUAA